AUGCUACCCAUACUAAUCUGCUCACUAUUGGUUAUAGAGGUCUUAUGUGAUCAAAUUUACCCUGCAAUUGAGAAAUUUAAAGUAUAAUUAGAAAAUGAUGGAUGGAUUGAUUGUCAGAGUAAGGAUUCAAUUUAAGCAUCUACUUGCUCUGGAGAUGAUCUACUAUGGUUGGAAUGCUAUUUGGUACCUGAAAAUGGCUUAUGUUCCAGAUAGAAUAUUUUAACCAAUACGAGUGAAACUCUCACUUAUACCUUUACAUUUUACAAACCCUCUUUUCAAAGCUAUGAUAUAGCCAUCAACAAUCAAAAAAACACUGGGUCUGUUAUAAUUUAAGAUGAUUUGGGAAGAGCAACAAUUUAAUAAUAAUCAACUUCUUCUUCUAUUUAACUUAAUCAAAAAGGAGCCUAUUUUACAGGUCUAACAAUAAGUAAAGACUGCAACCCCAAUUGUAAGACCUGUGUCAAUGGAUUUUGCACCUAGUGCAACGAUAACUACUAUUUAUACAACUAUAAUUGUCAAUCCAAUGAUUGUGAUUUAAGUAUAAUUGAUAAAAAUUUCAUCACAUCGUCAACUGGAGCCAUAUAAAAUGGAUAAUACAUAGUCUCCUUGGUAUACAACUUUAAAAUUGCUUUUUGUUUGAUUCCCAAAGUAUAUUUGACAAAAGGUUUAAAAGACUCUACUAUUUUAAAGAUUUUGAAUCAGAAGUAAGUGUCAUAUAUCACAACAUCAGGAACCCCUAAUUCAUUAUAAAUAACCCUAUCGCUAGAUGAAGUUUAAACCAACUGCCAGUAAUUCGAGACUACUUCGGCGUAUGUUUAUUAGUGUUAUCUUGGAGUGGCUUUGACCAGUUCUAAAAUAACAGAGUUCUUGGCCAUCGUUAUUGGGUAGAUCUCAGUAGAGAGAGCUACUUAGAAUGUAGAAUAAUUUACAUAAGCGAUUUCAAUUACUGGUAAUUCAAAUGGUGAAGUUGGACCUGUGUUUGUUGUAAGUGAAACAAUCAAUCAAGAAAUUAAUGCUGAUAAAAAGCAAUUGACAGUAACCUAAUCAAUUUUAGAUCCGUAAUUUUCAAACUAUUAAAUAAAUUACAUGGAAGCAUAUAUAAUUUAAAAUGGAGAGACCUAUGUUCUGAAUUUGGAUUAUUCAAUCCAAAAAGGAGCUAAAACAACUUUUGGAUUUAUUUGGGAUGAUUCAAAUUUCAACCCCUCUUUAGAAUUUGAAUUCCAUAUCAACUCUCUUGCUUAGCCAACAUCUAGACUACUCAGAAGAAGACAACUGGAAGUUUCGCUUAAAAGAGAAUAAUUAUAGGUAUAGUAUUAAGUUUAAAGUCAAAACCUCUUCUAAUCAUCAGAAUUAAAUGUAAAUCAUAGUUGGUCAGAAUUUAUGAUAAUAAUUUUAGGGCUUAUAGGAAUAGCUAUUAUUGCCUAUUUAAGCACUGUCCUUUUUAAACAUAACAAGAAGCCAGAAAUUAACAAUUAAUAAAAAUUACAAAAUUCAGACUAAAAAAUGGGUUGA